GCAGACACCAGUCAGGACCCACAGACACACACACAGCUCCCGGACAAGAGGGGGCCCCACAGUGUUAACUAACUUCUAUUGUUCAGCAGAUCCACACCACUGUUACAGAGACCAAGAGACUAUCCAGGACCUGAGAGAGAGACUGAGAGAUCAUCGUAUCUCCCAACACCAAGGGACAGAGGAAGGAGAGGCAAUCGGAGGGGACAUCCAGUGAUCAUAAAGGGGAGUUGAUCUGGACUGAAGAGGAACUGACCGGCCGUCUGCCAGUCUGACUGCGGACACGAGGAGCCAGUUACAGCUACCCAUCCAUCAGCACACUUCUCCAAUAGAUUGGCAGUGACACUUUGACUAACUUUUCCCGCAUCAUCGCUGAUCGCCAAGGUCCCAGACGUCAGGGGAGGCCGUUGGUGUGACCUCCUCCCUGCUGAAGGAAGAACCGUCACACUGCAGCUAGACUAGUCCUUGCAUUGGGACACUAUAUCAGAACUUUUAAAAAGCUGUUUACAGUAACCCUCUAAUAGAGGUCGGGGGUGUGGGGGGAAGCGACCAGUCCGCAAGACAUCGUUAGGACAUAUUGAGAAACCGUGAUGGAGGAACACCUGUCCCACAUCCAUCCUUCCUCGUCUCCGAGUGACUCUUCAGGGAGCAGUGGCACCGACUGUGACAGCAGAGGAGCAAAGAGUCCAGCCCCGGGUAAAGCCCUGAGUCCAGCCCCGGGUAAAGCCCUGAGUCCAGCCCUGCUCUGUAAGGUCUGUGGGGACACUAGCAGUGGAAAACACUACGGCAUCUACGCCUGCAACGGCUGCAGCGGAUUCUUCAAACGCAGCGUCCGACGGAGACUCAUAUACAGGUGUCAGGCUGGUACGGGCAUGUGCCCAGUGGAUAAGGCCCAUCGUAACCAGUGCCAAGCCUGUCGGCUGAAGAAGUGCCUCCAGGCGGGCAUGAACAAAGAUGCUGUCCAGAACGAGCGUCAGCCUCGCAGCACGUCUCAGGUGCGUCUGGACUCCAUCGACGUGGACACAGACAAGGAGCAUCUGUCCACCACACGGGAUCCCACUUCCUCUUCUUCUUCCUGCUCAGUGAUCACCAGACCUCACAUCACCUCCACCUCAAUCAGCUCGUCGUCUGCCCCACCACAGCGCUGUGCACCCCCCAGCCCACAGAACAACCACCGCUUCAUGGUCAGCCUCAUGACCGCUGAGACCUGCGCUAAACUGGAGCCUGAGGAUGUUGAUGAGAACAUUGAUGUGACCAGUAACGAGCCAGAGAGGGAGUCCUCAGAUUACCACAUGUCCCUGUACCCUUCCAGUACAGAGAAUGUGUACGAGACGUCAGCCCGGCUUCUCUUCAUGUCUGUUAAAUGGGCCAAGAACCUGCCAGUGUUCUCCAAUCUCCCAUUCAGAGACCAGGUAAUCCUACUGGAGGAGGCAUGGUCUGAACUCUUCCUGCUGUGUGCCAUCCAGUGGUCUCUCCCCCUGGACAGCUGUCCUCUGCUGUCCCUCCCCGACUUGUCCCCACCAACCAUGCAGAGUAAGACAUCCUACACCAGCGUGGACCUGCGUCUGCUCCAGGAGGUCUUCAGUAGGUUCAAAGCCCUGGUCGUAGACCCCACUGAGUUUGCCUGCCUCAAGGCCAUCGUCCUCUUCAAACCAGAGACCCGAGGUCUGAAGGACCCGGAGCAGGUCGAGAACCUACAGGAUCAGUCCCAGGUGAUGUUGGGACAACACAUCAGAUCACAUUACUCCAGUCAGCCUGCCAGAUUUGGGAAGCUCCUCCUGCUGUUGCCCUCUCUGCGUUUCGUCAGCUCUGAGCGGAUCGAGCUCCUCUUCUUCCACAGGACCAUCGGCAACACCCCCAUGGAGAAACUUCUGUGUGACAUGUUCAAGAACUAAUACACGGAAAAAAACAAAAUGGCCGCUCAGUUAUACUGCACUGAGACACACCGCGAGGGAACGCGCCCGAAAGCAAACAAACUGAUGUGUGUAACAGGAUGUUGUAAAUAUCUUAUUGCUGUGUGUAAAGGAAACCAUGGUAAUAUGUCAUUGCUGUAAACAGACCUGCUUUUGAGCUUGAUAAUGUGUUAUAAUGGGCUUUGCUGUGUGUUGGACCCCGGGAUUCAAAAUGUCCUUUACUGUGGGCAGAAUGUUUGUUUGUGUCUCAUUUCUUCAGUUACAUUUCAGUCUAGUCGUCCAUGGUCUAUAUUUUCCACGAUGUAAUGUAAUAUAUUUACAUAAAAUAUGUUUCGUCUUAGACACUGUACAUUUCUGCUGUCAUAAAUAUGUGUGCUGUAUUUAUGAUUUCAUGCCUUGAUAAAUUGAAACUUGUA